GGAGAGAGAGAGAGGGGGGGGGGAGCAUUAUACGGUCCAGAUAUCAGCUCUUAACACACAAGGCAGGCACUCCAUUUUUCCUUUACUCUGCUUUUUUUGGCUCUGCCUGCACCACCACAAACAAUCUCUGAUACGAUUCAGCGAGGAUAACACGUCCUGGGAGAAGGGAGAAACACACAGAGAAUUAAACAGCCUCGACAAAAGCAAGGCGUCUCUAUCAGCUGUGAAGUGUGAGAAAGAGAGAGAGAGAGAGAGAGAGAGAGAGAGAGAGAGAGAGAGCAAGAAAGGGGGAGAGAGGUAGAGUGGAAAUAAUCAAAUAAAUCCCAGGGAGGACAGAGAAAGAGGGAGGGAUCGUCAGAGAGAGGAAGAGGAGGGGAUGUAGCAGUGUGUAUCCUUGCCGGCUCAUCACACAUACACACACAUACACACACAGACAUGUACACACACAUAGACACUCACACUUAGCCUGGAUAAUGUGCUGAAAGAGGUGGAGAGAAAGGAAGAAAGCAAACCGAAUCGAUCUAUCGCCGCGGGGCCAGAAGAUGGAGGAAACUCUACCGAGUCAACGGACACCUCUUCCAGGCCAAGCGCUUUAACAGGAAAGCCUACUGUGGCCACUGUAGUGAAAGGAUAUGGGGGCUGGGCAGGCAGGGCUACAAGUGUAUCAACUGCAAACUGCUGGUCCAUAAGCGCUGUCACAGACUCAUCCCUCAGACCUGCCAAAGGCUUAUGGAUCCAGUCAUGCCAUCACAGGAGCCCCCUUCAGAUGCCAAGAGUGAGGAAGUGGACCUUCCACCAGAUGACACAGAGGACACAGACGGAAUAUCUUUUUUACCACACAACUGUUCCUUGGAUAAAACAGAAGAUGCAGAAACAGAGGACAUUAAAGCAGUAGUGGAUGGCAUCGACGGCAUCAAGCUGUCCCAGGACCUGGCUCUGGGCCUGGGGGACUUCGACCUGAUCCGAGUGAUCGGGCGUGGCAGCUACGCCAAGGUGCUGCUGGUUCGGCUAAAGAAGAACAAGCAGGUGUACGCCAUGAAGGUGGUGAAGAAGGAGCUGGUCCACGAUGAUGAGGAUAUCGACUGGGUGCAGACAGAGAAGCAUGUGUUUGAGCAGGCGUCCACCAAUCCAUUCUUAGUAGGCCUCCACUCCUGUUUCCAGACAGAAAGUCGGUUAUUUCUGGUGAUUGAAUAUGUUAACGGCGGGGACUUGAUGUUUCAUAUGCAACGACAAAGGAAGCUCCCUGAAGAACAUGCAAGAUUUUAUGCUGCUGAAAUCUGUAUCGCUCUGAACUUCCUGCAUGAAAAGGGCAUCAUCUACCGAGAUCUGAAGCUGGACAACGUUCUCCUGGAUCACGAGGGACACAUCAAGCUCACAGACUACGGCAUGUGCAAGGAGGGGAUCAGACCAGGUGACACCACGAGUACCUUCUGUGGAACGCCCAACUACAUUGCACCUGAGAUCCUCCGAGGAGAGGACUACGGCUUCAGUGUGGACUGGUGGGCUCUGGGCGUGCUGAUGUUUGAGAUGAUGGCUGGGCGGUCACCGUUUGACAUUAUCACCGACAAUCCAGACAUGAACACAGAGGAGUACCUUUUUCAAGUUAUUCUUGAGAAGCCCAUUCGCAUCCCAAGGUCUCUGUCAGUGAAAGCUGCCAGCGUGCUCAAGGGCUUUCUAAACAAGGAUCCCAAGGAGCGGCUGGGUUGCCAGGUCCAGACAGGCUUCACAGAUCUCAAGGCACACACAUUUUUCCGCAGUAUAGACUGGGAACAGCUGGACAAGAAAGAGAUGACGCCGCCCUUCAAACCUCAAAUCACCGAUGACUACGGCCUCGAAAACUUUGACACGCAGUUUACUAAUGAACCAGUGCAGCUAACACCAGACGAUGAGGACGUCAUCAAGAGAAUAGACCAGUCAGAGUUCGAGGGAUUUGAAUACAUCAACCCCCUGCUGCUAACCACUGAGGAGUCUGUAUGAGGGGGAGACCAGCUUCCUCCUUUCGCCCACCUACUGUCUGUCCAAGCUGCCGUCUCAGCCAAAAAAACACUCGCAGGCCAACUCUGAAAGGCGAGGAGGGGGGAGAGUAAAAGGGGGAGGACCAACUCACCCUCUGGACCUUUUUCAACACGGCAAAGCAAACUGGAGAACGGGGACGUUUCCCUGCCUGGGCCAUUCAGACAGUUUUGUUGGAAUACCAAACUCUUCUUUUCUUGGCUUCUACAAGGAAAGCAAAAGACACUGGACUUCACCAACAUUCCCUGACGUUAUGUUGCCUUCCCCUUUUUUCUUCCCCCCCCCCCUCCUUCGGCUUCAUUCCUGUUUCUCCUCUCUGAAUGUCCAUCCUCGUGUCAAAGCACGGCCGUCUUUGCGAUUUGAACGGAGAGAGCGGUUUUCAUUCUGUGCCUGCCGUCACAAACGCAUUUCAACCCGUCUCACAUCCCUGGAUAAAUAUGACAGUUCUGCUGAAGAACUUGAAAUUUUAGAUGCACUUUGUUUUUGUAAAUUUUGUUUUUUUUUUCCUAUAUUGUAGGGGGGGGGGGGGGAGCCUCACACAAAACAAGAAUGUACAAUGAGAAAGAAAACAUAAGUUAUUAUUGUGUAUUAUAGUGUAGGUAGUGAAUCCAGAAUUGAGGAUGCCUUUUUAUUGAUGCAAGUGGCACAUUUUCAUCGUAACCACAAACGGUUCUUUUUAUUAUCUUUAGGAUUGUCACAAACAACAGGGGUGGGGGGGGGAGGGGAGGGGGGAAACGGACGCUUACUGGGAGACAACUUUUUAUUUAAGAAGUGCCUCAAAGAUCGUUUUAAUUACCAUGUCUCUGAUUGCACUUAUCUUUCAUUGAAACAUUUCUUCACCCAUCCCUGGCUUCAUUCAUGAAGACCGACCGAAUCCACGGCUAGACUCUUCACAGCGUUGGUCCAGACCAACAAGUUUUUGUGGAACCACUAUUUUUGGAGCACGGUAGCCUGCCUCAGUCCCGACACUCGACUGAAUCUUGUUAUUUUUUAAUGAGUCAAUUCAAAUUAUCAGUGUACAAGUGAUCAUGUGUGACUGGUCUGUGAGUCACAGGAGAAGCUUUCAGGCUAACAUCCGAUACAACGACAACUGGGGGCAAGUAGAGACUAAAUGACCCCAAUGAUCAUUUAGAAAUGUCACCUAUGGGUGUCGUGCAGCAGGCAGCACCCAUACAGGUCUGAGUAGGGUUGGGCAUGGGUUAGAUUUGAACAAUUCUUCUUCCUUUCGAUUCCGCUUCUUAUCAAUUUCGAUUCUUUGAGGGGUGGAGUUGAAACGGGUCACAUGCUUAUUCCACAGAUGAGAGGAACAUUUUUUAUUUUGAUUCCAUGGUGGUUUACAGUUUUACUCAACUUUUUCAACGUAAACUAAAACCACACUUUACGGUGUCAGUAAGUGUGGCCGCCAAGGAAACCAAAACUCGCGCGUGUAAAAUUUGGAAUCGAUGGUCGGAUUUGAAACCCAAUCCUAGUCCUGUAUAUGUGUAUAAACGAUAUACACAGGCCACGGUAUACUCGCUGCCAAUUCCAGUCUGGCAGCUGUAGAGAAACAUGAUAUCAGGUCUUCAGCUGAACCACAACGCUGUGCAUUGGCUUCAGCCUCCGCCGUGUGUUCAGGCUUGCUGGCCGAGCUACCAGCUACCGCUGCAUGACCAUCUGCAGCCGGGCCCGAGUGUCAUGUGACCGGUUGCUUGUACUUUCUUGUGGAAAUGAGUCUCCAUUUCCAUUUCUGGGCCCAUCGUGUGUUUCCAUCUCCGCACUACGGCUGGCUUUACACCGUGCAACUACAGCUCAGUGCAACUUACAUCCCUCCAUUGUUUCUUUGCUUGUGUACGUCCAAGGACAUGACUAAACUCUCUCUGCAGUCAGAAAUCAAAAGAGUGAUAUUCAAAUGUAUUGGUAAACACAUUGAUUAAGAAUUAACGCAGAUUCCUUUUAACGCCACUAAUUUGUUUUUCUUCCAAUUAACACACGUACAGUACGUUCUGUGAUUUCGCUCAACCAGGAAGCUGCAGCAGUAAUGUUGUGGACAAUGUGCCUUCUUGGCAACUUUCCCGCUAUUUAUAGCAACUUUUCGGACCCUCUUAGCGACUUAUAAAUAUAUGUAUGUUGUAAUUCAUCCCCAUCAGAGACGAGAUGCAUAAACGGGACUGGAUGGCUUGAGCGGAAAUGGAUGAAUAACAUGAGUGUCAAAUGGCAAAUUGAGUUUUAAAACCCUUCCAGAUGGUUCUGGAGUUAUUUGGAUGUACUGUUGAUUUGAAGAGUUACCACCGGAGUACAGCCCGUCUCAAAUAUUUCUUAAGCAUUAAAAACCUGGGUUAGUGUUCACAAUGGACAAUCAUGCGAUUAAUCCUGAUUUAAAAUGCAAUCGAUUGACAGCCCAAUAUAAAACUGGAUAUAAUAUUGUUAUUUCUAAAAGAAAUAGAAGCAGGUGUUCAGAGCUCCAUCAGAAAGGCUCCGGGCCGAUCGCGGGUCUCUGUUCCUCUUCAAUUAAAUGCGCUGUCGAUAUCUUCUCUAACAGACGCGAUGGUGGAUCUGCACAUCUCAGUUCUCCAGCGGCGGCCGUCUUUGUUGUAAACAAAUUCCACCCGCCUGUCCUCGUCGAUGUAGUGCCGCGUGUCACGUAGCUGUCCGCUGUGAGCGCCGUCCAGCAGACAGCCACGAACUCAGAAAAAAACAAACCUUUAACACAAGUUAUGUGAAGAAGAUUGUAUCGCCUAUUUUCUUUUACAAUGCAAAAAAAAAAACAUGUUUUAAAUAGGCUAACCUGUUUAUUUUUUAGUUUUAAUCUUGUGUUUAACUGGUGAAUGAAUGGUUUAUUUUUGUGUCUGGCGGCUGACUGGCCCAUCCUUUUAAUAGGAUUAUUAAGACACAUUUAAAGAAACACUUUCCUAGUGCUGACACAAAACAAAACGUGUACAUAAAGGGUACAAGUAGGGUGCACACAGUAAGUACGUAGAUCUACUGAGCGUCUCUGGACCGGUCUGCCCCCUUACAGCUGGAACACACCUCACACACACAGCGUCGCAUAGCAGACACGUGCCUGAUCUCUAUAUCUCCGAUAGAAAGAGACAGGAUGAGAUGAUAACUGUGGUAAUUGUAGUGUGUGUGUGACGGUGUGAGACUGCUUGACACAUUGCUUGUGUAUCGCGCAGUAAUUAGAGGAGAUACCAGAAUUUUUUCUGUAGCCGGACAGAGCGGAUAACGGUGCAGAUCCACCUGGCCGUGGGACAUUUCUGUUCAAAAAGAUGGCCGAUGCCCGUCUUUAUGCAAAUUACAAAAUGCAGCAUAACACAUGCACCACAACACAAAUAGCUGUGCUACGCAGCGCUUAAACGUUGGGUGUGUUCCAGCUGUUAGUGUCAGCUACUUGGCUGGUUAUCAAAGCUCAAAUAUCAAAACAUCAGAUCUAAAUCAUUCAAAUUCAGACUGUAUUUUAUUCCGUCUUUUUUUUUUUCUCUACAGACUUUGUUUAUUAUUUAACACUGAUGCAUUGAGCACUUUUUUCAAACUGAAAAGAAGAGUUAAAGUAUUAAGUAUAAGUACUGGCAUUUGUACCGAAUCUUGAGUAUCGUAUUUGCAUUAAUUCAUGACUACGUAGGUUAAUGCUCGUCCCGAUCCAGAGGUUGCCAUGGAAGAGGUUGCCAUGGAUGCGUUUGGAACCUGCAGCCGACAGUUGCCCGGUGUAAAGCCAAGCCGACAAAUGUCGGUCAGCUCUCGAACAUCAGGUCACCCGUCAAAUCCUGAUUCUCACCCCCCCCCCCACCAAGCUGCCGGUGCAGAGUUUGCACAAGCCUGGAGUUUUAGUUUUUCUGUAUACACUGAGGUUUUGGGCCGUUUUAAGUUCAGUCAAAUAGAUUUUUACAUUUAUACACAGCAGUAGAGUUGGGCGGUAUCCAAAUUUCAAUACCGUCAAACCUCCUCCUGAUUUUACCGCGGUAUACCGUAUUACCCAUUAAAAAUUGGGAUGUAAGGCUCAGACUCCCUUCUCAUUAGGGUGGAACCCAACAUGCUGCCAAACUGCAGACCAGGUCCCCCGGUGCGCGGCUUGCCAUCUUUACCCCCCCCUCUUCCACACUGUCACGUGAUGACAACCACACAUGAGCAUUUUUAGGCAUUAAAUAAAUUAGAUUUAAUCCUUGGCUCCUAUGUACUUUAAGUGCAUUGCAUUUUUUAUUUUUAUGACGGUACUGAAACUGAUACCGACCCUGCGGUAUACCGCCCAACCCUACACAGCAGGCACACAUAUUUGUAACCAAAUUCACGAGGCGUUUUCUGUUAAAAGCCUGGGAUCUAAUCACAUGCGCUACACAUCUGAAUAGCAACUACAAAGCACAGAUUAAAGUAUGGCUGGGCGAUAUAGAGAGUCGAAUUUUGCAAUUUCUUCGACCAAAUACAGCGAUAUCGCGGUGAUAUUGUCGGGUUGACUAUUGGUGCUUUCACAAAACAUUCACACAAUGGGUUUUGGAUGACUAAUCAUCAAUAACUUAGAUAUAAUGACUAAUUAUAAUGCAGCCUUAUUUGAUAUCAAUAUAAUAUUGAUAUAUUGCCCAGCCCUAGAUUAAAGUCACAGACCGAAAGAACCAUUAGAUAUAAAACAAUUGAAGUUGUAUCUCUAUGGACUAAAGUGAGCUCGGUGUUCAUCUCGACGUCGGAGAAAGAAGAAACCUCUCCAUUGGCUGAGGUGGAGCUGAUGAAAUCUGACCCGUGCUAAUUUGAUAAGAACAUAAUAGGAUUGAUUAGCUGAUCCUAAGUCAAAUGGGCUCAAUGAGCUGCAGGGAUAGAGAGGAGAGAUAGUGAAACCGCUCCAGUCACUGAUAAGUCCGCCACUACACACACACACGCACACACACUUCAACAUUGGAGGAAGCUUCCUCUUCUUCUUCCAACCCCCCGAGCUCCAUGUCAUUAGCUGAGUUUUUAUUAACGCCAUGUUUCGUUGAUCUGUUUGCCCACCAGGUGACACACGAGGGGCGUUGUUGUUUUUCUCGAGGGACCAACGGAUGAACCGGAGAGUCUGUGAAAUCACUUUACAGGACAGCAAACAAAAAGAAAGAGAAUCUUUAUCUGAACGUAAAAUGAACUCUGCCCAUGAUUUUGGUUCUUGAAUACAGCUGGUUGGAUAUGCUUAAUUUUGCUUCACCACAUCUUUGUAAAUAUGUGUAAUUAUUAAAAAUGAUACUGGUUUUCCGUGAA